GUCUAGCUCGAUAAAUUUUAAGAAUGGUUUAUUUAAUCCUAAAUAUAACAAUCAAAUAUACAUUAAUUCCAUUUUCUAGCCUAAUUAGGAAUAAUAAAAAGUACGAAAAGAAACAAAUUUUAAUAGUUUGGUCCCUGUGGCAGUGUACCUUUAGAUAAAUGCACUAUCAAAUAAAAAAUAACUUUAACCCAUUCAACCAGCCAACUCUUCUAAUAAAAUACAAAUAAAAUAUGUUUAUUGUGGACUAUAAGAUCACUUAUUCCACGUCAUUAAAUUUGAAUCGGUAGACAUCCUUACUCAGCAAAGAAGACAGACGGUAUAGGCCGCGAGAAUUUUUUUUUAAAUAGCAAAUCAUCAUACAAAAUUACUAUGUCUUCAACAUUAGAAAAUGGUUCGUAAGCCCAUUUUAGGUAUUGCCAUAUGAAACCCACAAAGCCGCAUGAAUCAUGGCAUGAUUAUUAAACCAAAUAACAAUGUUUAUGAAACAUAUUAUAUGGUUGAGAAUUCAGUUUGUAGUUUUGCAAAGCGGGGAACACACCUUGAGCUUUCAAAAUGAUUAAAAGUUUACUUUUGAUUACCCUGGUGCUGCAAAUGUGUUCAACACAGAUUUUAGAGGUCUGCAAUAGUUGUAUGUUUAUUUCGCAAUGCAAGGCGGCCACCGACCUCUAUUACAAAAGGGACUAUAAAUCACAGAAACUAUUACAAGAAGCGUAUUGUGGAUGUCAACAGUACAAUGGCAGAGUUUAUUUAAAGGUGUGCUGUUCAGACAUUCUACCUCUUGAGAAACGUAAAGAAAACUUGCUACCUAAUGUAUGUGGUAGUAUUUCUGGUAACAGAAUCAUCGGCGGCAAGAAAGCCAACCUUGGCGAGUUUCCUUGGAUGGCAGUUAUAAGAUAUAAAGAUUCCAAUCGAAUGUGCGCCGGUAGUGUCAUAAACUCCAAAUACAUUCUUACAGCGGCGCAUUGCGUCUUCAAGUUUCCAAUUGAUUACGUUAUAGUUGGGGAAUACAAUUUGUAUGAGGAUCCGGACUGUGAAUAUCUUCCGGGAAAUAUUGUUAAUUGCAGACCAAAUAUUGAGAUGAAGGUUGCAAAGGUCAUAAUUCAUGAACAAUACGAAAGCCAAAGCAAGCCCUCAAAGAAUGAUAUCGCUUUAUUACGUCUAGACGGUGUGAUUGAUUUCCAAAAGAGCGGAGUUGAACCUAUUUGCCUACCUGUGUCCUCUGAACUACGAAACAAAAAGCUUGCAUUGAAAACUGGCAUAGUCACUGGUUGGGGAUACACCGAAGACAAUGAACCCUCCGAAGUCCUUCUAAAAGUUAAGGUCCCUGUUAAUCGGAAGUGCUACGCUGUGAACAGCCUUUGCGCCGGGAAAAAGAACAAAGACUCCUGCAUCGGGGAUUCUGGUGGUCCUCUAAUGAUGACAGACUUCUAUAAUAAUGUCAGUAGUUAUAUACAAUAUGGUAUUGUGUCAUAUGGACCAAAGAAAUGUGGAUCGUCUAAAGGAGCGGUAUACGUGGAUGUUAAACAAUAUGUCAAAUGGAUUUUAGACAAUUUACGAGAAUAAUUUCUUAAUACAUUUGCUAAAUUGUAUUAAGACAUUAUUACAAUAAAUAAGUAUUUAACAUUA